GGUGACUGCUCUUCUGUGCUACCCCACCCCCGCAGCGGAAUUUAGUCAGCGCCCAGCAGCGGCAACUAUAAAGGACCUCUCUUGACUGCCCUGGCUCCUUCCUCUCCAUCAGAUACAGUUCCAAAUCAUGUCUUCUGUUUCAAUCACACUCUCCACCGGUAAGAGCUACGACCAGCCAACAGGCCUCUUCAUCAACAAUGAAUUCGUCAAGAGCAAGGAUGGCAAGACCUUCGAAGUCAUCAACCCUACAAACGGCAAAGUCAUCACCUCUGUGCAGGAAGCAUCAGAGGCAGAUGUCGACGCAGCUGUUGAUGCAGCCAGGGAAGCCUUCAAGCACGGUUCUGCUUGGCGCGGAUUACCCAGUGCAGCACGUGGUGCACUGCUCACCAAAUUGGGCCAAUUGAUUGAAGACAACCUCGAGGCGAUUGCUUCUGUCGAGUCAUUGGAUAAUGGAAAACCCAUGAUGCUUGCUCGUGGUGAUAUCGGUGCAGCAGCAGCGUGCUUCAAGUACUACGGUGGCUGGGCAGACAAAAUCACCGGUCAGACCGUCGACACCGACCCUUCGCGUCUCGGUUACACCCGUCAUGAGCCAAUUGGUGUGUGUGGUCAAAUCAUCCCUUGGAACUUCCCACUCCUCAUGUUUGCUUGGAAGAUUGCACCGGCUGUUGCGUGUGGCAAUGUCGUUGUCCUCAAGACUGCAGAGCAAACACCCCUGUCUGCUUUGUUUGUGUGCAACUUGAUCAAGGAAGCCGGAUUCCCCGCAGGUGUUGUCAAUGUCAUUUCUGGCUUUGGCAAAGUUGCGGGUGCUGCAUUGUCUGCGCACAUGAAGGUCGACAAGGUCGCCUUUACUGGAUCCACGCUUGUUGGUCGUCAAAUCAUGAAGUCAGCUGCCAUGUCCAACUUGAAGAAGGUGACACUUGAGCUCGGUGGCAAGUCUCCCAACAUUGUCUUUGGAGAUGCAAACCUCGAAGAUGCUGUUGCUUGGUCCAACUUUGGUAUCUUCUACAACGGUGGUCAAGUGUGCUGUGCUGGUUCGCGUAUCUUUGUGCAGGAUACCGUCUACGACAAGUUUGUGGAGCUCUUCAAGGCUCGUGCGAAGCAGAUGGUCGUGGGAGACCCAUUCAAGGAGGAUACCUUCCAAGGUCCUCAGGUCUCGCAAUUGCAGUUUGACCGUAUCAUGGGAUACAUCCAGUCUGGCAAGGAGGAAGGUGCCAAGAUUGAGAUGGGCGGUGAGCGUCACGGUGACGAAGGCUACUUCAUCCAACCUACCGUCAUCACCAAUACCACCGGAAAGAUGAAGAUUAUGCAAGAGGAGAUUUUCGGUCCUGUUGUUGCAAUCAGCAAGUUCUCAACUGAGGAGGAAGCUAUUGAGUUGGCUCACGACACGGCGUACGGUCUUGCAGCAGCCGUGCACACCACUAACCUCAACACGGCCAUCAAUGUGUCCAACAGGCUUGAGGCUGGUACCGUCUGGGUCAACUGCUACAAUGCCAUUCACCACCAAUUGCCAUUCGGUGGCUACAAGUCGUCGGGUAUUGGCAGGGAAUUGGGUGAAUACGCACUCAAGGAGUACGUCAACGUCAAGUCUGUUCACAUCAACAUCGGCAUGCCUGCUCCUUAAGCGUGCACAAUUCUCUUUAUUCGGGAUGUCGCAUCUAGUAUCUGUCGUCAAGUCAUGAUCAUAGCUUAUGAAAAAGUCAAUGUCUAUCUUCUUCACUGAUACCUGCUCAGUGUGUCGCUCGCCUAAACUUCCUGUGUCUCCACUGCCACGCGCUUGCCAAGAGUCGUUGCAGCACUGUGGCUCCUACUUCGUGUGAACCAUGUACCAGCCCUCGACUCACCCAUCCUGCCCAAAGGAUCAGAUGUC